CAGUGCUGCCUCGAGCCGUCAGUACAGCCUGUACGUGAGUACAUCAUCCGGCUAGCUAGGGUAGCAUGAGCAGGCUGGUUGGUUAGCCUCAUUUAGUCUUAGUUUUUGAUAAACAUUAAAGUAGGUCCUGUUUAUCAUUAUUAGAUGUCAGCAUUGUGAGAAGCGAAGGUGGAGAAUCCGACGCAGUGUUUCAGUGGGUGCGUUGACUGCAGGGGAAGAUGUGCAAUGGGAAGACAGAAGCAACAUCAGAAGCCUUUCAGAACCACACUUGCCUUCAAUUGUUAUUCUGCUUGUUGCUGGCACUGGCAGUGGUUGCUUCAGGGCAAGGUUUAGGUUGUGUUAGACCUGUGUUGGUAGAGCAUGGUUUAGCUAAUCUGCCAGAAAACAACAAUGGUCAUUUCCCAGUGGGGGCCAUACUGGAGUAUCAUUGUGAUCCUGGUUACCUGGUAGACGGACCCAGUAUCCUCACCUGCACAGCACUGGGACACUGGUCCUCAGACCCACCGCAGUGCAUACACAGUGAUGUAUGCCUGCCUCCACAUGCACCAAAGAACGGAGGCUACAACUGUCAUCCCUCGCCAUGUCGAAGACUCUCGCAUGGCACUGUGAUCGAAUUGUACUGCGAUGAGGGCUACAUUCUGAAGGGAGACUAUACAUAUCUUACCUGCCAAUACGGGGACUGGGAUGGCCCCGUUCAGAUCAGCUGUGUCAAAGAGCAAGGAUGCGUGAGGCCGUACAUGGUUGAAAACAGCUGGGUAAACCACACAGAAACCAACAGGGGCUUGUUCCCUGUAGGGACAGUGCUGCAAUACAGCUGUGACCCUGGUUAUCUGCCAGAUAGACCCAACAUUCUCACCUGCAUCUCGACAGGACGCUGGUCCUCAGAACCACCUCAGUGCACACAGAGUGAUGCUUGUCUGCCCCUGUCUGAACCAGAGAAUGGGGGUUACACCUGCCACCCGUCCCCCUGUCGAUUGUUUUCCCACGGCACUGUUGUUGAGUUCUUCUGUCACACGGGCUUCAUGCUCAAGGGGAAAUACAACUACCUUACUUGUCAGGAUGGACAGUGGGACGGCCCUGUGCAGAUCAGCUGUGUCAAACGAGGUUGUAUAAGACCUUUAAUGGAGCAGCACAUUUCCUCUAAGCUGAUGGACACCAACAUCAGUUCCUUCCCCGUGGGGGCUGUGCUGCAGUAUCGCUGUGACCCAGGUUACCAGCCCGACGGACCUACCAUCAUCAGCUGCACCGGCUUGGGACACUGGUCCUCAAAACCUCCUCUUUGUUUACGCACUGACGUAUGCCAGCCUCCAUAUCAACCAGAAAAUGGAGGCUACACCUGCCACCCUUCCCAAUGUCAAAGACUUUCUCACGGCACUGUGAUUGAGUAUUUCUGUGAUGAGGGCUACAUCCUGAAAGGAGACUAUAAAUACCUCACCUGUCAAUAUGGCAAGUGGGAUGGGCUAAUGCAGAUAACCUGCGUAAUGGAGCAAGACCAUGACAGAACUUUACCGUUGGGGAUGCCGGCUCUGUCCAUCGUGUCAUCCACAGCCAGCUCGGUGGCCCUCAUCCUGCUCCUGGUGGUACUCUUUGUGCUUUUGCAGCCAAAACUGAAAUAUUUCCAUUGGCGGGAUCAGGGGGUGUCAGGCCAGCCUGUGUCCAUCAUGGUGGAAGGAGUCCAAGUGUCUCUGCCCUCAUACGAGGAGGCAGUCAGCAGUAACACCGGCUCAGCCACGGCUCUCGACUCAGAGUCUCGCGUCCAGAUUGUGCUGUCUGAGGGGCAGCAAGCCACAACGCCAGUGGCUGGCCCCUCUCGGCCUUCGUCCCUCAAAGAGCUGCACUCAGGGAUGGCCGUGGUUCACCCUUUGCCGCCUUCAUUGUCGUCAUCACCCUCCUCAUCCUCUAGCUGGACUCUAGAGAAUGCCGGCGCUGCAGCUCUGCCAUCCGGGGACCAGCAUAGCCUCAAUGUGCUAGACUCGGAGAUGGACUGCUCUGACGAUAUGCCAUUGCUGAAGGAGGCCUGAAACAUGCAAGACAUUGGAUGAUGCAGAGACAGCAAGUUUUGCUACUGAUGGUGAGGAGCAGUGAACACACCUUAAAGUGGUCACUUUUCCAAUACCAAAGCACAACAUAAGGGGACUAACAUCUACAUUCAUGUUUGCAUUCCCACAAUCUCUACGUAUGCAUAAUGUACCACUAAUGUCUAGAUGAUGAACGAUGGAACUUCAAUGACUUCAACUUUAAACAUCAUUCAAGCUUUACUGCAUCAUGUAAUUAUGAAUGAAAUAAUAAUGUAGGCAUCAUUAAUUCUGAGUUCAUGACCUAUCACAUGUUAACACACACGGCUGAUUGUCCCACUUGUUUACCUCUUCACACACGUGUCCCCAAUGGCCUUAUCUUCCCACUUCUAUGCACACUUAUCCGAUUAUGUACAACAAGGAGUUUUAAAAGUAAAUAUCAUGGAAAUGCCUCCACUCCUUAGUCAUACGACAUGUAGCUUUUUCUCUCAAAUCACCUCAGCCACAGUAAAUAUUGUACUCUUUGAUUUAUUCUGUCUUAAAAUGUCUAUAUAAUUUAUUGCGCUGUUGAUCAGCCUCUUGGAUCUACUUAAAUGUGUGCGCUUGUUUCAUGCUGCAGGCACUUUUGAUGUGACGCUUGAAAGUACAAAACCCCACUGUACAGUUUGGUGUAGUGUAAGUGUUUACAUUUUGUUUUUGCUUGUCCUUUGAACUUACACAAUAGGUCUUUUUUGGUUUGUUUGUGCUUUGUGAAAUGUUUUUUAAUGUAAUGUAAAGUUUGAAAGUAACUUUAUGAUGUAACAUGCCAUUUUUUAAUUAAAUAUUAUUUAAGAUGUGGCAAAUGAUUUAUGUCAGUUCCGUGUCUUAUUUUGCUGUGCAUUUCAAAGGCAACAUGGUUUUCACUUUUACUUCAGAUUAUUUGAAUCAGUUGUACUGGUCACAACAUUAGGUACACCUGUACUAGCUAAUAUUAGUGUCGACUUGUCCAGGGUGUACCCUGCCAUCCUAAGCUGGGAUAGGCUCCAGCCCUCCGCUACCCCAAGAGGGACAAGCGUUAGGAAAUGGAUGGAUGGAAAAAGUACAUCAGUGCUCAGCUAUAAUUGACACUCUCAGAGGUAUUCAUUAAGCAUUAUUUGUGUCACGGCGCAUGCGCAAUCCCGCAUGUCAUCUGCUGCCUGCUUGCUCUGCCCGAAUCGCGGCCAAGUGCCUGCAAGACCGCAGGCAAUCACAAGUCAGCGCACCUGGGACUGAUGAAGACAGACUGCAUUAAGACCAGCGGACCCGAAGAUCCAGUGCUGGAACGUAGUUCACUCCUCGUAGUAAGCAUCCCGUCUCUGGCUUCCCUCCUGCGUACUUGCUCGCUCUCUGUGCCUUCCCUGUGCCCGUGUCUAAUGUCCUCUGUGUUCCCCGCAGUGUUUCCCUUGUUUCCCGUGAUCGAGCUGUGUGCCUCGACUUCCCUUUGGAUACCGGACUGCCUCCCUCGAUCCUCGACCCCUGCUUGGACACGGACCUCGUUGCUUCUCUCCAGCCCCCGACCGCAAGCUUGCCCACGGACUGCCUUCUCGCCUUGCCCCUUUGGGCUGACGAAGGAUUCAUCCAACAUACACUUACAACAAAGUCUGGUAACAUUUACAUUGUUAAUUCUACACAUCGUCUUGCACCAUUCACUUUUAGUAGCAUACACACUCCACCACUUCAUCAACAUCGAGUUCAAUAAACCUA